AUGAAUGUCCUCAAACUGCAGAGGAAAUUUCCUCAGUUCCAGCAGAGCGAGAUCUUCGGGUUAAGCGACGCUUUCCGCAAGCUCGACAUUGACGAAAAGGGUUAUAUCGACGAGGCUACCGCUAUCAAGGCCACGCAGGCCAGCGAGCGCCAACCCUACGAUGUCGUUCGCCAGGCCCUGAAGGACGUCGAGCUCGACUCCUCCAGGCGAGUCGAGCUGGAAGACUAUGUCGGCCUUGUUGCGAAACUCCGCGACGCCCCCUCUCCGACCCAGCUACGAGUUCCUGGUAGCGCCGGCACGCCAACGUCGCCGACCGCCGUUAUAGCCCAAAGGACCGGCGGCCAUGCGUCAAAGGGCAGCAUUGGCGGCGGCGGCAGCGGCAAGAUCCACGUGCAGGGCUCGAAUGCCAACAUCACCCACACCAUCAACGAGGAUGAGCGCACCGAGUUUACCCGCCAUAUCAAUGCUGUCCUCGCUGGCGAUACCGACAUCGGAAACCGCCUGCCCUUCCCGACCGACACCUUUGAGAUGUUUGACGAGUGCAAGGAUGGCUUGGUUCUGGCAAAGCUCAUCAACGACAGCGUCCCCGACACUAUCGAUGAGCGUGUCUUGAACGUGCCCGGCAGGAAGACCAAGACCCUCAACGCCUUCCAGAUGUCUGAGAACAACAACAUCGUAAUUGAGUCGGCAAAGGGUAUAGGCUGCUCGGUCGUCAACAUUGGCAGCGGGGAUCUCAUCGAGGUCCGAGAGCAUCUCAUUCUUGGCUUGAUUUGGCAGAUUAUCCGCCGAGGUCUGCUUGGCAAGAUCGACAUCAAGCUUCAUCCCGAACUCUACCGCCUGCUCGAGGAGGACGAGACCCUGGAGCAGUUCCUGCGGCUUCCCCCUGAGCAAAUCCUCCUUCGUUGGUUCAACUACCACCUCAAGGCUGCCAACUGGCCGAGACGGGUCCAGAAUUUCUCGGGCGACGUCAAAGAUGCCGAGAACUACACGGUUUUGUUGGCGCAGAUCGGAUCCGAGUAUGGUUGCACGCGUGCCCCGUUGCAGACGCGCGAUCUCCACCAGCGGGCCGAAGAAGUCCUCCAGAAUGCCGACAGGCUCGGCUGCCGAAAAUUCCUGACACCCUCAUCGCUCGUUGCCGGAAAUCCCAAGCUCAACCUCGCCUUUGUGGCCAACUUGUUCAACACACACCCUGCUCUCGACCCCAUUACCGAGGAGGAGAAGCUCGAGGUGGAGGAUUUCGACGCCGAGGGAGAGCGCGAGGCCCGUGUCUUCACCCUUUGGCUCAACAGCCUGGACGUGCAGCCGGCAGUCCAGUCCUUCUUCGACGACCUCCGCGACGGCACCAUACUGCUGCAGGCAUAUGACAAGGUUAUCCCAGGGUCUGUCAACUGGCGGCACGUCAACAAGGCCCCAGCCAAUGGCAGCGAGCUGAUGCGGUUCAAGGCCGUGGAAAAUACUAACUACGUCAUCGAGCUUGGGAAGCAGAUCGGGUUCUCGCUCGUCGGCAUCCAAGGCGCCGACAUCACGGACGGUCAGCGCACGCUUACGCUAGGUCUAGUGUGGCAGCUGAUGCGCAAGGACAUCACGGUCACGCUGAAGGGGCUAGCGCAGCGGCUGGGCAAGCGCGAGAUCACCGACGCCGAGAUGGUGCGGUGGGCCAACGAUAUGGCCCGCAAGGGUGGCCGCAAUUCAAGCAUCCGCUCGUUCAAGGACCCGUCCAUCGGCACCGGCAUCUUCCUCCUCGACGUCCUCAACGGCAUGAAGAGCAGCUACGUGGACUACGACCUCGUCACACCCGGCCGCAAUGACGAGGAGUCGUACCUAAACGCGAAGCUCAGUAUCAGCAUUGCUCGAAAGCUCGGCGCGACCAUCUGGCUGGUGCCUGAGGACAUUUGCCAAGUCCGCAGCCGUCUGGUGACAACCUUUAUCGGCUCACUAAUGGCGACGUACGAGAAAAUGUAG